GAAAUCAAAACAAGUUUUUCAAACGCCGACUUUUUUGUAAAUAAACCAUGUGGCGAAGAGUUUUUGCGUUUUUUACGUUAAAAGUGGACGAAAUUGCCGGUUAAUUGAGGAUAGUUUUAAUCAAUGAAGAGUUAGUACAGCGUUUUCUAGCUCAGUGAAAUGUUUGUACUGGCGGAAUUGAAAGACAACGUGCGCAUAGCGCCGGAACUGUUUCGGUUGAAGCUGCCCGAAGCCAUCAAGGAACAGAUAAAUCGAAAGCUAGCCAAUAAGGUACUGCUGAACGUUGGACUGUGCAUAGCCCUGAAGGAUAUCGUGAAGCUAGGUGAUUCGAUCAUUCUGCCCGGUGAUGGGGCCUCCCACACCGAGGUCCACUUCCGGUAUAUCGUGUUCCGGCCAAUGGUUGGAGACGUGAUAACGGGCAAGAUACGGAGUUGUAGCCGCGAAGGGGUACACAUCACGCUGGGCUUCUUCGAUGACAUCCUAAUACCGCCGUCAGCACUGCAGCAUCCCUCGCGGUACGAAGAAACGGAGCAAGCCUGGGUUUGGGAGUAUCCGCUGGAGGAUGGCAACACGCACGAUCUCUAUAUGGACAUCGGAGAAAGUAUCAAGUUUCGAGUGUCCGGUGAGGUGUUCGAGGAAAGCUCACCGAUCGGGCCACCCGAUCAGGAGGUACCGUCCGGAUCGGGUGGUACCGGUGCUGGAGCCGGUGGUGGCCCUGGUAGUGCCAAUACUCCACAGGAAAGCAACAAAACACCGUACCGCAUUGUGGCGGCAAUCAAUGAGUCCGGCCUCGGUCUACUGUCCUGGUGGGUACAACAAAGUCAAGACGAUGGAGACGGUGACGAAGAAGAUGUUGAAGGAGAAGAGCAAGAGCAAGAAGAGCAGGAAGAAGCGUCGGAAGAAGAUUAAUAAACCUACCUUGCAGUAGGCGUUGACAUUGGCCGACCGA